AACACUGAUAACAUAACAGAAUGCUGUGCGCCUGUGUAUUUAGUACCAUAGACUUAAAAAUAUUUAUGACAAGUAACAACAACAAUAAAUAUAAAUCUAAUUAUACAACAAAAUUAAAUAUUAGUAUUCAAUUUCAAAAUGUUUAUUUUUUAAGGAGUGUCAUAUAUUUCUAUAGUUAAUAAGUGAUAUUUUUAAGCAAAAUGAAGUUCCUAAUAGAUGAACUUGAAGUUCUUUUCCCAUAUGAAUACAUUUAUCCAGAACAGUAUGCGUACAUGGUGGAGCUCAAAAAAGGUAUUGAUGCUAAAGGACAUUGUCUAAUAGAAAUGCCUUCGGGAACUGGUAAAACCGUCACAAUUCUUUCACUAAUUGUAGCAUACAUGUUAAAAUAUCCUGCAAAACUUACCAAGCUGUUGUACAGCACGAGAACGUUGUCAGAAAUCCAAAAAGCAGCUGAAGAAUUGCGCGUAUUAUGUGAUUACUACAAAACAAAUAAGCAAGAUGCUAACAUUCUCGGAAUAAUACUUUCAGCUCGUCGAAACCUAUGUAUCAAUCCUUCCUUGGUCGAUGAACAUAAUGGCCGUGUUGUAGAUGCACGGUGUCAUGCUCUGACCGCACCAUUUGUUCGUGCACGUUUCGCUGAGGGCGAAGACGUUAACGUGUGUAGCUUUUAUGAAAAACUUGAUUCACUCGGAAGGGACACACUUUUACCACCUAAUAUUUACAAUUUAGAUGACUUAAAAGACUUGGGCAACAAACAAGGUGUAUGCCCUUAUUUUUUAUCAAGGCAGACGCUCAUUCAUGCCAAUGUUGUUAUUUACAGUUAUCAUUAUCUUUUGGAUCCUAAAAUUGCUGGCAUUGUGUCUAAGGAUUUUAAUAAAAACACUAUUGUAGUCUUUGAUGAAGCUCACAAUAUAGAUAAUGUCUGUAUAGACUCUUUGAGUUCUCAUAUUACGAGCCACAACUUAGACAAAGCUAUUGAUGGAUUAAACAAACUCGACAGUGAAAUCGCUGCUAUGAAAGAGAGAGAUGCGCAAAAGUUAAAAGAAGAGUAUAGAAAAAUGGUUGAUGGCCUGAGAGAAAUCUAUAAAAAUCGUGAAGCCAAUGCUGCAUUAGCAAAUCCAAUUGUGCCCGACCAGGUAUUGAAAAUUACAGAACUUCCAGGUAGCAUUAGAAGUGCUGAACAUUAUAUUGGGUUCAUGAAGAGAUUUAUCAUGUACUUAAAAGUUAGAAUGAACUCUACCACCGUUGUGCAAGAGACUCCUAUUAUGUUUAUUAAAGAUGUCUAUCAAAGAGUUUGUAUAGACAGAAAACCUCUAAGAUUUUGUACUGAGCGUCUGUCAUCAUUACUAAAAACUUUAGAAAUUUCUGAUAUUGUCGAUUUCUCAUCACUUAUCACAGUAGCUCAAUUCGCUACCUUAGUUUCAACCUAUAUGAAAGGAUUUAUGAUUAUUAUAGAACCUUUCGAUGAAAAAUCUUCAACUGACUGUUGUGUUAUGCAUUUCAGUUGUUUAGAUGCUUCAAUAGCAAUUAAACCAGUGUUAGAUUAUUUUAACACAGUGGUUAUAACUUCUGGGACAUUGUCACCAUUAGAUAUGUAUCCAAAAAUUCUCAACAUCAACCCGGUGAUAAUGACAUCGUUAACCAUGACUUUGUCCAGACAAUGUUUUUUGCCGAUGGUCGUUGGUAGAGGAAAUGACCAAGUCGCUUUGACAUCCAAAUGGGAAUCGAGAGAAGAUUCUUCUGUUGCACGUAAUUAUGGACAUUUAUUGUUAGAAAUGGUUAAAGUAGUUCCAGACGGCGUAGUGUGUUUCUUUCCGUCAUACCUUUAUAUGAAGUCUGUGGUGGCUGCCUGGUACGAUCAAGGAAUCAUUGAGAAAAUAUUAGAUUAUAAAUUGAUAUUUAUUGAAACUCAAAAUAUUGUCGUAACCAACCAUGCUAUAAAAUGUUAUGCUGAGGCAGUUGAACGAGGAAAAGGUGCAUUACUACUGUCUGUGGCAAGAGGAAAGGUUUCUGAAGGAAUGGAUUUUGACCAUCACUAUGGUCGAGCAGUGAUUGUCAUGGGUAUGCCGUAUGUAUACACUCAGUGUCGUAUAUUAAAAGCUCGUAUGGAAUAUUUGUGCACCCAGUAUCAAAUAUCUGAAGGAGACUUUCUAACAUUUGAUGCAAUGCGUCAUACUGCUCAAUGCGUGGGACGAGCUAUUCGUGGUAAAAUGGAUUAUGGAAUAAUGGUUUUUGCUGAUAAACGAUUUGCUAGACACGACAAAAGAUCAAAAUUACCAAAAUGGAUUCAAGCUUACCUCACUGACAGUGUAUGUAAUUUAACUGUAGAUGAAGCUGCUCAAAUGUCUAAAAGAUGGUUAAGAUACAUAGCGCAACCAGAUCCUGUUGAAAAUCAAAUGGGUGUUUCCUUAUUAGAUGUCAAUGGGCUUAAUAAAACUGAUUUCUUAUCCAAAGUACUUCAAAAAGUAUAACUAAAUCAUGUUUAAAUUUUGUACCUGUUUGUAAUUUAUAUUUUCAAAGUUUUGUGGAAACUUAUACAAUAAAAGUUCAUUUUUAAAAAAUAAUACAGAAUAUAUUUUUUUAUA